UAUGCGUUGGUAGAUUAGAAGAGAUCUGCCUCUAUUCUACUCUCUACAGUACCACCUUCCCCUUCCCAUCGUUCAACAAUAAUAAAACACUCUUCAUUUUCAAUUUUCUAUCACUGUAACCGACAUUUUUCUUUCCUCCCUUGCCCUUCAAUGGCGUAAACCCACCAAUUUCUACUCUGUUUUCUUUUCACUCUCUCUAUCCUCAUCUUCUCCUACAACACUCCUUCCUCUGUCUUCAACAUGGGUUUUCUUUGAUUCCAUCAACAAACCACCUUCCUCCGAUGGAGAAGAAGCCCUUCAGAACCACUUGCUCCACCGAUCUCUGCUUCGCCAUUUUCAUUUCCUCUGCCAUUGUUUGGAUUUUCUUCUGUUUUGAUUACUCCACUUUCCAUCCCUCCAACAAUGGCGUCCAAGGGAUCAGUUCCUCUCUUAACCCUAACAAAUUACUCCUCAAGCCUUCCCCUCUCGCCGCCCGGACCCUCGAUCCUUGCUCCGGCCGUUACUUGUUCAUCCAGAAUAUCCCGUCUCGAUUCAAUUCCGAUUUGAUCACAAACUGCCAAUCUCUUACAAGAGGAACCGACAAAUCCGAUAUGUGUCCGUAUUUUGUUAACUCUGGACUCGGCCCUGAAAUUGAAGAUUCUCGUGGGGUUUUUCUCAACAGUAGUUGUUUCAAGACGAAUCAGUUUCUGUUGGAGGUCAUUUUUCACAACAAGAUGAAACAGUAUGAAUGCUUGACGAAUGAUUCGGCUAUGGCGUCUGCUGUUUAUGUACCGUUUUACGCUGGUCUUGAUAUCAGCCAUUAUCUAUGGAAUCCGAGUAUUACGAUUAGGGAUUCUUCCGCUAGGGAUUUUUUGAGUUUGAUUUCUGAAAAACCGGAGUGGAAGAGGAUGUUUGGGAGGGAUCAUUUCUUCGUUGCCGGAAGAAUUUCUUGGGAUUUCAGACGACAAACGGAUGAAGUUUCUGAUUGGGGAAGUAAACUCAGAUUCUUACCUGAAUCUCACAAUAUGACGAUGCUUUCUGUUGAAGCAAGUUCAUGGAAGAACGAUUUCGCCAUUCCGUAUCCAACUUAUUUUCAUCCAUCGAAAUUGAGUGAAAUAGUUGAAUGGCAGAGUCUCAUGAGAGCUAGACAACGCCACCAUUUAUUCACCUUCACCGGCGCUCCACGGCCGGAUCUUACUGACUCGAUUCGCGGUAUGGUGAUCGAGCAAUGUCGAGGUUCAUCCCUUUGUAAAUUCAUAGAUUGCAGUUCUGAUGGGGUUAAUUGUGAUGAUCCUACUACCACCAUGGAAGCAUUUCAGAGCUCGAUCUUCUGCCUGCAACCACCGGGAGAUUCAUACACAAGAAGAUCCAUAUUCGAUUCGAUUUUAGCUGGAUGUAUUCCAGUUUUCUUUCAUCCAGGUACUGCUUAUUCUCAAUAUUUAUGGCAUCUUCCUAAAAAUCAAACAGCUUAUUCUGUGUUUAUACCUGUGAGGAAUGUGAAGAAGUGGGAUGAGAGCAUUGAGGGGAUUUUGAGUGGAAUUUCUAAGGAUAGAGAAUCCGCCAUGAGAGAGGAAGUUAUAAGAAUCAUUCCAAGGAUUGUUUAUGGAGAUCCCAGAUCAAAAAUAGGGAAUUUGGAAGAUGCAUUUGAUUUAGCUGUUAAAGGGAUUCUUGAAAGAGUUGAAAAUGUUAGGAAAAAGAUUAGGGAAGGGAGAGAUCCUAGUGAAGGAUUUGAUGAUCCUGAUCACUUUAAGUAUACAUUUUCAAACAAAAACUGAGAAAAUCUUGCAGCUUUUUAAUGAACAUUCAAAAUUUGGGAUGAAUGCCGUAGAUUUUGAUGGUGGGAUAUCCUUCACAAAGUAAGAUUUUGUUAAUACAUGUCCUCCUAUUGGCCAAUCCUUUUUGCUCCUCUUAGUCCAUAAUACGAGUGAAAUAGUCUUUUAUAUUGUUUGAUUGAAUAUACUAUCCGUACGUGGAGGAUAUAAUGAAAAUUCAUCUAAAUUCAAAGGGCAAAAGAUAUGUUUGUUGAUUAUGAUGUUUUAUAUCACAUUUGUAAAGAUAUGUAGUGGCAACCACCUCGACUUGAAUAGUUGUAAUAAGAUAAAAGAUGUGAAAUGGAUGUUACUCAAAUGGUUGCAACAAA